AGAGAGAAACCUCAGGGAACGGAUUAGGAAGUGUGACUUUAUAGAAGGACUUUCUAAGACAGUUCAACCCGCCGCGCACCGUUGAUAUUACUGCGGAAGCGUAAUAGCGUCUACGUUAGUUUGUGACGUGUACUGUCGAAUGCUGAUUUCUGAAACAGCGUGUGAUAUCGAACAGAAGUGUAUUCAUUAUUGGUCGCUGCCGUUCAGCUGGUACGCAGGAGCGUUGGUAGGGUCCUACACUUCGUGACACUGUAGGGCAUCCGUCCCGCUUUAGCUGAAGCAGUGGUGGCAUGUAGACGGAGCCUGGAGCAAGCGACCGAGUGUCGGCGUUCAGCAAUGGCAGCCAGAGCGUUUUUGGCGGGCCGCCUGGUUGCGGUGUUGACGGCGGCGGUGGCCGGUGCGCUGUCGGGGGCGGAAGCGGCGGAGCCCCUGCCGGAGGCCGCGCCAGGCUUGGACGGCGUCACCGGUGGCAGCAACGGCAGCGGGGGCGGCAGCACCGGCGGGGGCGGAGCGCGCCCCGCCGAGGACUACGAGAUGUACGACUACAGCUGGAGCGAGUCGCACGCCAUCUUCAACUGGAGCGAGCUAGCGCCCGCGCUUCUGGUGUACGGCGCCACGUUCGCGCUAGGUGUCGCCGGCAACUCGCUGAUCAUCUUCACGGUGUGCCGCUACCGCCGCAUGAGCACCACCACCAACGUCUUCCUGGCCAGUCUCGCCUCCGCGGACCUGCUGCUUAUCACCGUCUGCAUCCCCGUCAAGGUGAGUCGCGUGUUGCCGCAACUCUAGAAUGAGCGCGGCGGGCUUUAGGUGAAUCUGCCAGCCACUGCAAGUGCUGAAGGUGC